GAAUGCAUCGGAGAGCUUGCGCUCAUGUAUAAUUGCCCUCGAGCCGCCACCGUCGUUGCGACUGAGGACUCAAAGUUGUUCGCACUGGAUCGCGAGACUUUUCAGUACAUCGUCCAUUCUUCUUUCGCGAGGAAACGGCAACUCUAUCACGAAUUCAUGCAGCGCGUGCCCGCUCUAUCUGGUUUAAGUCGCGACCAGCGAAACAAGAUAUCUGAUGUUUUGAAGACAGUGUUCUACAAGGAUGGUGAGGAUAUCAUCACGGAAGGUGACCCCAACGCCGACACAUUCUACUUCCUCUUUGAGGGCAAGGCAAUAGCGAGCAAAGAAAGCGAGGGGAUGCUCAAGGAGUACAAUCCGGGCGACUGCUUUGGGGAACUUGCGCUUCUAAUGGACCAGCCUCGCGCUGCGACUGUCAGAGCAGACGGUCCCUGCACCUGUGUCUGCAUCGACAGAGCAUCGUUCACGCGACUGCUAGGC